GCCUCGUCAAACGGGGACCUAACGCUGGCCACUCAACUCAUAUCUUUGGGGGCCAAUAUAAACCAACAAAACAUAAGCGGCGACACCCCACUACAUGUCGCCAUUCGAAAAAAGCACACACGUCUGGUAAAUUUAUUGUUGGAGUGUGGGGCUGAUGUAAAUAUCAGGGACCGUUCAGGUUUGACACCGCUACAUUUCGCCUGCGUCUACGGCACUUAUAAAAUUGUUGAAAAGUUACUGAAUGCUGGAUCCUAUCCUAAUGGAAUAUCUGAUAAUAAAUAUUACGUUUCCACACCACUGAUGAUAGCCACUGAGAAUAGGAAGAAGGAAAUUGCUGAACUGUUACUGGAAAGAGGAGCAGACGUCGAUAAGAAGGAU